GAAAGAAAACUGGACACACAGUAAGAGACAAAAGAAGACGCAUUUCUCUUUCUCGUGCAAAACAAAAGAAUAAAAAAGUUUAUGACGUGCUGAGAGAAUCCCAUUCGACGUCCUAUAAUUCACGGUCGGUUGGUGAGUGGAUUCAUCAUGAAAUUCGUGAAUAGGCGACCUUCUUGUAAAAAUGUCAUGUCAAGUCAUUACGGGAAAAUUCCGGGUCGUUGAUUUGUGAUGAUGGUGAUGGUUGGUGACAGAGUUUGGCACUCACUGGCUUGAAUAAAAAUAUAUUCUGAAAUUAUUAAUUAAAAGCAGCUGAAUAUGUAAUUAAAAUUAUCUCACCUGUAGAUUAAGAUAAAAUGGAGGAUAAAGUUCUUGCUGUUGACGAUCGUUUUCACAAUAAUGUUGAUAUUGAGUGGCAACCACUGGCCCUCACUUUAGUAGAAUAUCCGAAAGGUGAUUUAAUAGGAAAGUUUUUCGCGUUUAUUAGUCUAUCUCCAUUUGGAAUCGGAGCUGGAUUCAUAGCUCUAAUUUUAUUCCGACGUGAUCUCCACACCAUCGUAUUUUUUUUGGGUACAUUACUGAAUGAACUGCUGAAUAUUAUCUUAAAGCAUAUAAUUUGCGAGGCUAGACCUAUAGCACGAGGGAAUUUGUACAAUGAAUAUGGAAUGCCAUCAUCACAUGCUCAAUUUGUUUGGUUUUUUAAUGUCUAUGUGCUUUACUUUGUAGUUAUCAGGUUGCAUCACAUAAAUAACAAUAGCAUUAUAUCAGCACUGUGGAGGGUAAUCAUUGUGGGAGGCUGCACAACUUUAGCUUUAUUAGUGAGCAUUGGCAGAGUGUAUCUUCAUUACCAUACAACAUCUCAAGUGGUUGUAGGUGGAUUUGUUGGAUUCAUAUUUGCUACUUUAUGGUUCUUGAUAGUUCAUAGAGUCUUCACACCUCUUUUCCCACAGUUGGUGUCAUUGAAAUUUUUUGAGAUGUUGAUGAUAAGAGAUACGACAUUGAUCCCGAAUGUGUUGUGGUUCGAGUACACGACGUCGCGGCAAGAGGCCCGCGCGCGAGGCCGCAAGCUGGCGGCACUGAAGCCCGCGCAAUGACGGUGUUCGUGCUCGUGCCGCGAGCCGAGCGGCGGAGCGCGCGCGCGCGCGUGACGAAUGCUCGCCGUCGUCGCGCUCGCCGCGAUCGCCGGCUUGCUCCUCACCAACUCACAACUUCUUCACUAACUCUUCUGGACACUGGUCUGUGCAAUGUAUCUAUGAUAUUGCCGUCAUCCUGACGGUUGUUAGACGACAUUUAUUUAUUUGGACAGCAUACGACAACGUUAGGAACUUUGAUCGUGUUGUUUUAUGGGUGAUUCCGAUGCAAUAAUAAAGUUAUUGACCGACCUCAUAAUAACGAAUUGUAGAAUGUAAUUUUAUGGUAUUGUUAGGUAAAAAGUGAAUGAUGUAUUCUUGAUAUUUGCGAAACUAGAAAAUUGUUAUUGUGAAAAUGUAAUGUGUCAAAUGUAAAGUAACUUUCAUGGUUCUUUGGUUGUGUUAAUAUAGAGGAUUGCAUAUUUUAUAAUAGAACAUCAACACCAUAGUGCUAUUCUUUCAUUACCUAAUAAUGGUUAAAAUAAAUUAUACAGAUGUAUAAAAACAUUGACAUAAUGAAAUAAAUUCAUAACUAGCUUCAGCAAUAAACAUAUUUAAAUAGCGAAUGUGCCUGCUUGUAGAUUUAUACUACAUUUAUUGUUAAAUAAUGUAAAACGAGGUCUUGAUUUAGCUGACAUUAAGUUACAAUCGUGCCUGCCUCAAUGAUGCUUCAUUGCCUUAAAAAUAUAAUAAAUAUAUCUACUGGCCACGAUGAUACGAUCCAAGCUAUCUGUAUUAUAUUAUGAUAAAUAUGUAUAGCCUGUGGUAAAAUCUAUAGAUGCAUUAGUUGUACUUUUACACUAUUGUCGAUAGAAAAAGCCUAUUAUUUACAAACAAUAGGGCAUAUUACGCAAAGCUCAGCGCAGAUGGGGCUACUGGUACAACUAAGGUACACAAACAUUACCAAUGGAGGCAUAAAGCGCCAAUUUUCAAUAUUGUUGCAGAUUUACGACCAAAAAUAUCUUCUACGCAAUCAUGGUACGAGUUUAAAAGAAAAAGGAAGGAUUUAGUGAAUUAUCCUGAAAAAAAUAACACUAUUUUAGGUUAUGGUCAACUGUGGUCAUAAACUGAUAUGAACUUUAUUUUGACUGAAGAUCUUACCUGUAUGAAGUCCAUAUUUUAAUAAUUCUACACGUGUGAAGUGUUUCGAGCUUCUUUUCGACCGUUUACUGGCUCGAAAAUUUUACAGCGUGAGGCGUAUUCCAUAGUUUUCGAAGAUUUUUAUCUUAUGCGAAACUAUUUUUCCCAAUAUUUCGACACCCGAAUAUGCUAAAUUGUUGUAUAUUUUCAUAAACGAAUGCUUACAUAAUGAAAGGACUCUAAAAUAAACGUUUUAAUCGACAUAGCAAAAGGUGGCAAAGCUUUUGUGCACCUAACAUACAGUGCUGUACUCUGGCGGGAUAAAUGUGCAGUAAUACUCCCUAUUGAGACACUAUGUGUCUGUAUGUUAGCAGAUUCGAUAUUUAAAUUUGCUGUAUAUUUUACAAUCAAAACAUGAUUAGCCUUUUAAAAUAUUAGAUUUAUUAUAUAUAGAUAAUAAAUUAAAUAUUAGACUCCUUUUAUACUGAAAUAAUAAUAAGAGAUGUAAAAUAUUUAUAUUAUACACAAUUGUGCAUUUAUAUAAUGAAUAUUUCUAUGUGCUUAAAACUAUCUCUUAAAAAAAUAGAGACUAGUGAAGUAUUUAAGGCAAAAAGAACCUAUCAUGCUAACAAAAAUAAAUAACUUGUCCUUAUAUUAUUUUGGAUCUUAUUUAAGUGGUCAGUAAAGUAUUUUUAUUUUAACCAGCAAAAAUAUAUAUUUAGUUCGCUAAAAUAUCUAACCGGUGCUGACCGGCCGGUUUAGAAUUGUUUCUGGACAAUAAUUCUAAAUUGUUUGCAAUUUAUAUAAUUUUGAAUAGGAAAAUAAUUAUUUUGCCUGCAACAUUUGGCCAGCAUCAAUUUGUCAACAACAUUUGCAACCUACCUUUUUUUUACCAUCACCGUUACCGUCAUAGUCACCGCCAUCAUCACCACCUGGUGGCGGUUCAGUUAAUUACCAUCACCAUUAUCUAGCACAAUGAAUCUCAACGGAACUCUGUUGAUUAAAUCUUGCUAUUCAAAUAAUUAUUUUGCUGGCCUGCUUAUAUUUAAAUUUCCGAUCAUUAUCGUGAUUUUUUGCGGAAAAAGAAUUGCCGCCUGAAUUUUUAUUAUUUGCUGGCCAAAGUGCAUCCCCGGGGAAUCAAUCCUAAAUAAUUAUUAUGCUGAAUUUUUUUGCUUACUAAGUUUUAUAAUGACAAACCAAAUAAUUCAUUCCCUAUUAUUUUGGCGGCUAAAGCGAGUUUAUUCGCCACUAUAUAGGGUCGCUAUAAUAAUCAGAGAGCUACCUAUUAUAUUUUAUUUGUCUAGUAGCCUUUUCCUGCGGCCCCUCCUCCGUGAAUUUACCUUUGGGAAAGUUAUUUUUCUGAGACGAAAGGUAGCUUAUGUCCUUGUCAAUACUUGAGUCUACAUGUAUGCAAAAUUUCAAGAUUGAGUAGAUAGAGUGUAGAGGUAACAAACUUACUUUUGCAGUUAUAAUAUUUGGAUUGUAUAUGUUGUAUAAUGAUGAAUCCUUUCACCCCCUUUGGGGUAGAAUUUCCAAAAAUCCUCUCUUAGUGCUCACCUACACUCCUCAGGGAAUGUUCAUGCCAAAUUUCAGCUUCCUAUGCCCAGUAGUUUUGGCUGUAUAUUGUCUGUUAGUCAGUCAGUCAUUCAGUAAUGUAAGAGUUUUUUAUAUAUUGAUAUAGGUUGAUGACAAUGAGUCCUUGGUUGAGAAUACUGUUACCUAUUUGAAAGGGAACUAUUUUACACAUCAUAAUGUAAAAAUACAAUGUCAUCAUAUUCAUGACGAUUGAGUAGUUGAGGUGUGAAAGAAAACAAACAGGUUAUUUCUGUAAUCGAGCUAAACAAGAUAAUAUUAGAAGAUAAAAUAUUAUUAGUCAAAAUGUCGAGUCGACACACUAAAAAAGAAGAAUAGUCAAAACACCACAUUCAUUAACAGGAGCUCUUAACUUGUAAAAGUAACAACUGUAACUACUAUUUUCAGGAAAUUUUUUGAGAUGUUGAUGAUAAGAGAUACGACAUUGAUCCCGAAUGUGUUGUGGUUCGAGUACACGACGUCGCGGCAAGAGGCCCGCGCGCGAGGCCGCAAGCUGGCGGCACUGAAGCCCGCGCAAUGACGGUGUUCGUGCUCGUGCCGCGAGCCGAGCGGCGGAGCGCGCGCGCGCGCGUGACGAAUGCUCGCCGUCGUCGCGCUCGCCGCGAUCGCCGGCUUGCUCCUCACCAACUCACAACUUCUUCACUAACUCUUCUGGACACUGGUCUGUGCAAUGUAUCUAUGAUAUUGCCGUCAUCCUGACGGUUGUUAGACGACAUUUAUUUAUUUGGACAGCAUACGACAACGUUAGGAACUUUGAUCGUGUUGUUUUAUGGGUGAUUCCGAUGCAAUAAUAAAGUUAUUGACCGACCUCAUAAUAACGAAUUGUAGAAUGUAAUUUUAUGGUAUUGUUAGGUAAAAAGUGAAUGAUGUAUUCUUGAUAUUUGCGAAACUAGAAAAUUGUUAUUGUGAAAAUGUAAUGUGUCAAAUGUAAAGUAACUUUCAUGGUUCUUUGGUUGUGUUAAUAUAGAGGAUUGCAUAUUUUAUAAUAGAACAUCAACACCAUAGUGCUAUUCUUUCAUUACCUAAUAAUGGUUAAAAUAAAUUAUACAGAUGUAUAAAAACAUUGACAUAAUGAAAUAAAUUCAUAACUAGCUUCAGCAAUAAACAUAUUUAAAUAGCGAAUGUGCCUGCUUGUAGAUUUAUACUACAUUUAUUGUUAAAUAAUGUAAAACGAGGUCUUGAUUUAGCUGACAUUAAGUUACAAUCGUGCCUGCCUCAAUGAUGCUUCAUUGCCUUAAAAAUAUAAUAAAUAUAUCUACUGGCCACGAUGAUACGAUCCAAGCUAUCUGUAUUAUAUUAUGAUAAAUAUGUAUAGCCUGUGGUAAAAUCUAUAGAUGCAUUAGUUGUACUUUUACACUAUUGUCGAUAGAAAAAGCCUAUUAUUUACAAACAAUAGGGCAUAUUACGCAAAGCUCAGCGCAGAUGGGGCUACUGGUACAACUAAGGUACACAAACAUUACCAAUGGAGGCAUAAAGCGCCAAUUUUCAAUAUUGUUGCAGAUUUACGACCAAAAAUAUCUUCUACGCAAUCAUGGUACGAGUUUAAAAGAAAAAGGAAGGAUUUAGUGAAUUAUCCUGAAAAAAAUAACACUAUUUUAGGUUAUGGUCAACUGUGGUCAUAAACUGAUAUGAACUUUAUUUUGACUGAAGAUCUUACCUGUAUGAAGUCCAUAUUUUAAUAAUUCUACACGUGUGAAGUGUUUCGAGCUUCUUUUCGACCGUUUACUGGCUCGAAAAUUUUACAGCGUGAGGCGUAUUCCAUAGUUUUCGAAGAUUUUUAUCUUAUGCGAAACUAUUUUUCCCAAUAUUUCGACACCCGAAUAUGCUAAAUUGUUGUAUAUUUUCAUAAACGAAUGCUUACAUAAUGAAAGGACUCUAAAAUAAACGUUUUAAUCGACAUAGCAAAAGGUGGCAAAGCUUUUGUGCACCUAACAUACAGUGCUGUACUCUGGCGGGAUAAAUGUGCAGUAAUACUCCCUAUUGAGACACUAUGUGUCUGUAUGUUAGCAGAUUCGAUAUUUAAAUUUGCUGUAUAUUUUACAAUCAAAACAUGAUUAGCCUUUUAAAAUAUUAGAUUUAUUAUAUAUAGAUAAUAAAUUAAAUAUUAGACUCCUUUUAUACUGAAAUAAUAAUAAGAGAUGUAAAAUAUUUAUAUUAUACACAAUUGUGCAUUUAUAUAAUGAAUAUUUCUAUGUGCUUAAAACUAUCUCUUAAAAAAAUAGAGACUAGUGAAGUAUUUAAGGCAAAAAGAACCUAUCAUGCUAACAAAAAUAAAUAACUUGUCCUUAUAUUAUUUUGGAUCUUAUUUAAGUGGUCAGUAAAGUAUUUUUAUUUUAACCAGCAAAAAUAUAUAUUUAGUUCGCUAAAAUAUCUAACCGGUGCUGACCGGCCGGUUUAGAAUUGUUUCUGGACAAUAAUUCUAAAUUGUUUGCAAUUUAUAUAAUUUUGAAUAGGAAAAUAAUUAUUUUGCCUGCAACAUUUGGCCAGCAUCAAUUUGUCAACAACAUUUGCAACCUACCUUUUUUUUACCAUCACCGUUACCGUCAUAGUCACCGCCAUCAUCACCACCUGGUGGCGGUUCAGUUAAUUACCAUCACCAUUAUCUAGCACAAUGAAUCUCAACGGAACUCUGUUGAUUAAAUCUUGCUAUUCAAAUAAUUAUUUUGCUGGCCUGCUUAUAUUUAAAUUUCCGAUCAUUAUCGUGAUUUUUUGCGGAAAAAGAAUUGCCGCCUGAAUUUUUAUUAUUUGCUGGCCAAAGUGCAUCCCCGGGGAAUCAAUCCUAAAUAAUUAUUAUGCUGAAUUUUUUUGCUUACUAAGUUUUAUAAUGACAAACCAAAUAAUUCAUUCCCUAUUAUUUUGGCGGCUAAAGCGAGUUUAUUCGCCACUAUAUAGGGUCGCUGCGCUGGUGUUGUGUUGCCCCAAACAAGGAAAUCAUUUAUUCAGAAAUUAGAUCUUCACAGGCAAUUUUUCACGUCGUAUUCUAAAAUAAAUAUUUUACGUGCUCACACCCAUCUGCAGUCCACCUCAUUGAGGUAAAAAGUAAAUAUGGUGACUUGAGUCGAGCUGCAUUUUUGUGCCCUUUGCUGGUGAGACGAUGGGCCCAUGGGGUCCUGAGGCAAAAUACUUUUUUAUCUGAGAUUUCAGCGCGUCUCCGUGAGGUAACGGGCGAUCCAAGGUGCGCACCCUUUUUUACUUUGCACAGAGGAUUGCCAUAAUGGUUCAGAGAGGUAAUGCUGCCAGCCUUCUUAGAACCCUUCCAAGCGGCGACGAGCUGGAAUUUUUUUAUUAUUUAUGAUUAUAAAUUUUGUAUAAUAUUUUUUAUUUAUCGUUUUAUAAAUUGAAAAUAUUUAUUUUAGAAUUCCUACAACAUUUUUUUUCUGAAUCAUGAUACUGUUUCUUGUGUUAAGAAAAUGUCGUGGCCGCAAUAGCCGCAAUAAAUUUUGAUAAUAGCGGCAGAUGAAGACUAAGCCCAUGGCAGCUUUGUGUGUGUUACAUAAGGCAACUUCUGUGUGAGUGCUUCCAGGAUACUGAUUGUGUGCUAUCUCUUUGAAAGUCUUCUUUAUUACAUUAUUACUAAAAUCUGUACAAUAAAUUGUUUUCUUUUUUGUAUAUUUUGUAGUUGUGCUAGUCUGAGCUUUGUUAUAGUUAUAAAAUAGCCUUACGGUAUACAAAUGUGAAGAGAUUAUACAAGUCUAUUUGCUUGUUUGAUAUUAAAUAUAUCAUUGUUGUCUUAUCAAGAACACAAACAAUAUUAGUAUUCACAUGAAUUUCAUUUCAUUAUGCUCACAUGCAUGUGAGUUUUUGAUACUGCUUUUAUACCGAUGGACAUUUCACAUAGUGAUAAAUAGGCACGGAUAUGUAAGGUCACCAAACGAUUUUUAUCUUGUAAAUCUUGUUUUUUUAAGCUUAUUGUAGUCUUAAGAUAAUACUGAACUCUGUAAACAGAUAUGGGCAAAGAGUAACGAUUAUGGAUUGUGAUUACAUUUUGUUAUCUUCGGAAAGGAUUACAGACAAAAUUAAUGUAAUCUCACUACAUUAGUCGAGAUCAUUUUUCAAAGAUUAUAUACAUACUUAUAAUGUUUCAAAGAGUAAGAGUACGAGAUUAUCUGAUUGAUUUUAAAUUGAUUACCAAUCUGAUUACAAAUGUAAUCGAUUAAGCCCGACCUGUAUGAAUGUACAUGUAUCUUUUGGAGAUUUUAAUCUCUUGUGCUCAAUUGAUUUUAUAAACAUGUAAUGUGCUGUGCAUUUUAACAUAUUACUUUGUAUCAAACGUUUUUUUGUUCAAAUCCAUUAGAUUUUUUUUAAAUGCAAGUACUAAUAAAUGAAAAUUAAAUUAAGUAUAUUUAGACAUACUCAUACUAAUUACCACAGCACGUUUUAGAACCCACUUGCGAUAGUUUCUCUACAAUUUUGAGUCCAGUAGAAUGUGCAAACUUUUCUGGUCUUACACCGUUACACAAUCACAAGUGGGCUCAGAACACGGUAGUGCAAACCAAAAUAAUUGUUAUUCCAAGAAAAAUGUAGAUAUAAACUCAAAAUUGAAGUGCACGCCUGAUUUUGUAGACACUAUUUUAUUAAAGUUAUACAUAAGUGCACGCUAGCGCCAACAUCACAUUUUUACCAAUUUCUUUUGUUUAAAAAGACCCUAAACCGAAAACUGUGGCCACCAAAUCUUCAUAGUAGACUGUGACUACAUUGUGUAAUAGAAAACUAUAAUAAUUUGCAAUUAUCUAGUGUAGUGUAUUAUGUAUAACUUUAACUAUAUAUUUUUUGUAAUCAUUUGUAAAUAAAAUAUCAAAAUAAGGAUGUGUACUUAGUUUAUGAUUAUGUAUAUAAUGUGGAAACAUUAAAUUUAUAUAAUUAAUUUACAAAA